AAAACUAUUAUCAUCAAGCAACUUAUAAUCUAUCAUGACUCUUUCCAAUGCUACCUUCAAGCAAAACCCACACAGCUUACUCGUCGUCCCAGGUCCGAUCGAAGUUUCUGACGCCGUCUUGCUCUCCAAUGCAUCGGCUUCAGUCUCUCAUGUUUCCCCCGAUUUUGUCCAAAUCUUCAAAAAAACACUUUCAAUGAUACUCGAAGUUCUGUAUGCUCCUCAAACUGCACAACCGUUUGUGAUCGCCGGCUCUGGAACUCUUGGUUGGGAUUUGACCGCGGCCAAUUUGAUUGAACAAGGAGAACUUGCCCUCGUACUCAACAAUGGUUACUUUGGCGAUUCGUUCCAAGAUUGUCUUGAAACUUAUGGUGCAACUGUUGAAAAAGUUCAAGCUCAACUCGGCCAUACGGUCACUCCAGACCAACUCGCAACUCAUCUCGAGAAAGCCAAGAGCGAGAAGAAGAGUUAUAAAUUGAUCACCAUAACUCAUUGUGAUACUUCCACAGGUGUAUUAGCCGAUGCCAAAGCAUUGGCCGAGGUGAUUCAAAAGCAUUCUCCUCAAUCUUUGAUCAUCUUGGAUGCAGUUUGUAGUGUAGCCAGUGAAGAGAUUAGAUUUGAAAAGUGGGGUCUCGAUAUGGUCUUGACAGCCUCUCAAAAAGGAUUAGGCUGUCCUCCUGGGCUUUGCAUUUGUGUGGCUUCUGAGCGUGCGAUCAAAGUCUUCGAAGAGCGUAAAUCUCGCCCCGGGUCUUACUAUGCUUCUUGGAAGAAGUGGCUACCAGUCAUGAAAGCAUACCAAUCGGGGAGUGCGGCAUAUUUUGCGACGCCGCCCACCAAUUUGAUUACAGCGCUCCUCACCUCUUUGGAUUCCAUCCUCAAAUCCUCGCCGAGUCUAGAGGAACGAUUUGAACUCCACAAAAAAUCAUCCGAUCGUAUCAAGAAAGCUGUUGAUGGCCUCGGUUUGAAACAAGUUCCGGUGAACCCAGGUUCCAGUGCUCAUGGAAUGACUGCUGUCUAUCUUCCUGAUGGCAUAACCCCAGCAGAGGUAGUAGGUAAGAUGAGUGCUAAGGGAUUAGUGAUUGCAGGAGGACUUCAUAAAGAUGUCAAAGAUCGCUAUAUCAGAAUUGGUCAUAUGGGUAUCACUGCUGUUGAUAAAGAAAGAGGAGAUGUGGACAGAAUCGUUCAAAGCUUGAAUGAAUCCUUCAAAGACCUCGGGUUCCAAGCUAGUUGAGCCAUUAGUUUCAAACUUCUCGUCCUGUGGUUGAAUUUGUGUCUGUCAGCUUUUGAUCGUAUGGGAAGCAGUUAGCAUCGAAAAGGUCUACAUUAACAUGGCAUGCUACAUAUGUACUUAGGAUACUGUUCUGCUUGUCCAUCACUCUGCUUCAGCUAGCCUAGCUGUAGCCUUACCAUGCCUUAUCCAAAUUUCUUAAUACGUCUUGACUUUCUCAUGUUAAUGCUUCUUGACUAUCCACGGUAUCAAGCUC